UCUAUCCCAACACGGCCGGCCAAGUAGAGACGAAAUCAAGCAGGGAGCCAAGAAGCUAGCUCGGACAAGGAGCGCGAGCUCGAGAGGAUUUACUCCUGCGAGAAAUUACGCUGCUAGCUAGCAUGUCGGGCGUGUGGGUGUUCCGGAACGGCGUGGUGAGGCUGGUGGAAAACCCGACGUCGGGGGCGGCGGCGGCGGCGGCGGGGAAGCGCAAGGCGCUGCUGCACAUGCCGUCCGGGGAGGUGGUCACCUCGUACGCGUCGCUGGAGCGCAAGCUGGCGGCGCUCGGCUGGGAGCGCUACUACGGCGGCGGCGACGUGGGGAUGCUGCAGUACCACAAGCGCUCCUCCGUCGACCUCAUCUCGCUGCCCAAAGACUUCGCGCACUUCGGCUCCGUCCACAUGUACGACAUCGUCGUCAAGAACCGCGACGCCUUCCGCGUCAUCGACGCCUAGCUGCUAGCUUCAUGUCCAUCUAGCCACGCAUGCGUCUCUAACUCUGUAGGUGCGUGCGUGUUCGUUCUUUGCUCAAUCAACUGUGUGCGCGUGCUAUACGUACGUUUGUACGACGCAUGUUUAUGUAAUCUUCACGUGUAUGUGUGUAAUAUACGUGGCAUGAUGACGUAUAUUUGUA